ACGCCCCGCGAUCCGUUGCUUAACUCACGUCACUCUCUCAAUCAGCUGUUCAUGUGGCGCCGGUGGCAGUAAGAGAGGAGAUCGAGAGUGCCUCGAAUCAGCCGCACGUUGACCCCCGCUGGUGUUUGCUGGGAUCGUGAAUAAAGCGAAAAAUGCGUAAACUCCUCCUUCUAUCGAAUUCGAAACUCCAUGGGGAACCUCGUUUGGAAUUCGCCAAGGACACGAUAAUUGCUUCCUGCAAGAAGCACUGUGUCUCGGACAUCCUCUUCGUGCCUUACGCUUUGAAAGAUCAUGACGAAUACACCAAGAUGAUGACUGAACCCCUGGCUGCCAUGGGCUUCACUGUUCGUGGCAUCCACACCUUCCCGUCGCCGAAACAAGCCGUCGAAAAGGCCCAGUGCGUGUUCGUGGGAGGGGGCAACACGUUCCGGCUUUUGAAGGAGCUCUACGAUAAUGAACUCGUCGAUGUAAUUCACAAACGAGUUAUGGACGGGAAAUUGAUGUACAUGGGAGCAAGCGCCGGUACCAACGUUGCGACGGCCAGCAUACACACAACCAACGACAUGCCGAUCGUCUACCCUCCGAGUUUCGAGGCGCUGAAUCUUGUCCCUUUCAACAUCAAUCCGCACUUCGUGGACCCUGAUCCGUCCAGCACUCACAUGGGAGAAACGCGCACUCAACGCAUCCUCGAGUACCUCGAAAUGGGCAACAACCGGCCAGUUCUGGGUCUGUACGAAGGCUGCCUGCUCGAAAUUGAGGGGAACAAAUGCAUAUUGAAAGGCAAACGCGGUGCCAAAUUAUUUGCUGAAGGGCACAACGACGCGAAGGAGACCUUCACUGACAACCAGGAUAUAAGUUUCCUUCUCGGAUGAAUCACAUCAUGACGAGUUGUUGAUUUAACGAGCCACGAUGGAAAACCCGCUACUGAACAUAUAAUAUUAUAAUAUAUCUAAUAUCGUU